GGGCGGGAAAAGGCGCCCUGAGGCCUCAGGGGAGGCCUGUGCUGCUGUGAAAAUCAAGAAUCUGAUACUGGGGAUGAUUAGAGGAGCCAUCCUGCUCCGUUUCCUGAAAAAUACAGCACGGGAGUCUCUGCAGAAUGGCAACUGCUCAGAAGCAAAGGAAUUCUGUGGGUGCAGUUGUAUUUCCCAAGAAAAUAGCCACGGAGCAGCAAUCCCUGAUGCUGGUGAAGAGGCUCCUGGCAGUGGCAGUGUCCUGCAUCACUUACCUGAGGGGAAUCUUCCCUGAAAGUGCCUAUGGAACCAGAUACAUGGAUGAUGUUUGUGUCAAAAUUCUGCGGGAAGACAAAAACUCUCCUGGCUCUACCCAGCUGGUGAAGUGGAUGUUAGGAUGCUAUGAUGCCUUGCAGAAGAAAUACCUGAGACAGAUUGUCCUGGCAGUUUAUACCCAGACAGAAGAUCCUCAGACAGUCACAGAGUGUUACCACUUCAAGUUCAAGUACACCCACAAUGGGCCACUCCUGGAUUUUGGCAGCAAGGACAGGAAGUCAGAGAGCCCCAUCAGCUGUGCAGACACCAAGAAGGCCAGCAUCCUCCUGAUCCGCAAGAUCUACAUCCUGAUGCAGAACCUCAGCCCCCUGCCCAGCGACGUCUGCCUCACCAUGAAGCUCCUCUACUACGAUGAGGGUACUGCCAGCUCAGCCUCGUUUGAGGAUCCUGUCUUGGGUAAUGAAGUGCAAGACAAGAAUCGUGUGAAUAUUUCAGAAGCUCAAGGAAAGAACUCAGCUCCUGAAGGGGAAGCUGGAGGGAUCCAGACUCCCCCCCGUGUUUCUAACACUCAGGUUGAUCACUUGACUCGUAAAACAUCUGAGCUGAUUGUGUCAGAGAGCAGGACAAGAAGUGGAAAGAUAUUCCAGAGCUGCAUUGUGCACCAGGCUGAGCUCUCCUCCAGCCAGGAGGUGCUGCCCAAGAGGAGGAAGCUCAGCGAGCCCAAGGAGCAGUUCUAGUUGCCCAAAAGAAGCUCAACAAGCCCAAGGAGCAGUUUUAGUUGCCCAAAAGAAGUAGUUCAGCGA